UGUGUGUGUGUGUGUGUGUGUGUGUGUGUGUGUCUGUAGAUGUGGGGUACCCUCUGUCCCGACCGGUCCCGGAGGAGGAGAAGCCGUUCAGUGAGGAGUUUCUUCAGAGCGUCGUGAAGAGCAUCCAGAGGAACGACGUCAGCCGGCCGAUGACUCAGCUGCUGCAGCUGCUGAGUCAGACACUCGGGGUCAAAAGGCAACGGAGCUUGUACAGAGACGUGCUCUUCCUCUCUCUGGUGGCUCUGGGAAAAGACAACAUUGAUAUUGACGCCUUCGAUCGCGAGUACAAGUUGGCGUACGACCGCCUGAUGCCGAGCCUGGUGAAGCUGACCCACAACUGUGACCGUCCUCCCAGCACCGGGGUCAUGGAGUGCCGCCGGACGUUUGGAGAGCCUUACCUGUGACACACACACACACACACACACACACACACCUGAACUCUCACCCCCCCAAGUCAUCGCUUUAAGACGAGCUCAGGAAACCUGUCGCUAGACUGUGAAUGUUUUAGUGAUCAUAAGAAGGUGAAGUUGACGGAAACACGACUCACGCGGUUCAUAAACAUAUCUGUGAAAACUGUAAAUGCAACAUUUAUAAAGCAUAUGAAGUCUCAUACUAGCAAUAUUUUAACUUGAACUCUAUUUAUACAAAAUAAGUUUUAUUUAUUCUCGUGUCUGUCUGUCGGUGUUUUAUAGUUGUCACUUUGUUGUCUCGCAGUUUUAAACCGGAGCGACUUGAACACCAGAAUGGAUUCAGUGUUUAAUGAGUCGAAGCAUCAGAGAAACAAAGAACAAAGAAACAAAGAACAAAGGGUUUUAUUGGAGCUGAUCAACGAUCAAUAACUCGGUGGUUACAUGUUGGGCCUGUCGCAGAAGUUCUGUAAAAGAAGAAAGCAGCUCAGCUCAGCGGUCUUCUGUUUCACAGCAUUCUGUUUAAAUGUGUUUAAUAAAAGCACGGAAAGUAAAUCAGGACUUUAAGAUUGAAAAUGCAAAACAAAAGGCACAUCGAUUUGUGAAUGUGUAUCUUCAUAUUUGUUUGUUUUUUACUUCUAGAUACACGAACAAACAUCUGUGUUCACAUCUGCACAUUCUGAAGAAGUUCUGAUUUAUUUUCCGUUCAUGUGAAACAGAUGUUUCUGUGAGAUUCUGGAUAGAAGACGUUUCUAUUUGUUUUCACGUUGAUCUAAAGACCGACGGUGGUUGAAGGAGGACCUCUGAACUCACGAGGUCUCAUGAAGAUCAACCAGGAGGACUUCAUGAAAACUCAUGAGCGAUUCAGCAGCUGAACUAACGGCUGCAGUUGUACAAAAAUAAUGAUUUUACAGAAUCCGGGGACAUCGUGUACAUUUGUAGAAAUCACAUUUUAUAACAGAUGUGCAAAAGGUCCUUUUUAGACGUGGUGACGGUUCAGAGACCAGAUCUACAGAUCUCGACCAGAUCUACAGAUCUGGACCUGAUCUACAGAUCUAGACCUGAUCUACAAGAUUACAGCUGUAAAUAAAAUCACUUCAACUCA